AUGCAACACGCGGCUAGUCCACCAGUCAAAAAAGUCAAAGCACAUCAUACAAUGUCGUGGUGUCACAUGGACGUAUCAGCAUCACUGACAGUAUAUUCAUUCGUCUACAACAACACCACCACUAUCAUCAAGAAUAUCAAACUAAUAAAAUACCCCGCUUCGCUCUUUGACAAAUUGGUUUAUGAUCCUGCGCUUGGUUGUUACUAUCGUGACGCGGUUAACGACAGUAAUUUAGCUUUACGAUAUCAGAUGCCCCAACAAGAGUUUCAGAAACAAACAGAUUAUUCGCAGAAAAUGCUUUCAGAUGUCAACUCUCAGGUAGUUACCGUCGCACGAAAUGCGCAUAAGUCAAACAUGCAGCCACAACUCGAUCAAGGUGACUGGCAGCAAUGCGACAAUGGAUAUCAUAGUCGAGAAACCAUUAAUAUUAACUCCCUUACCCAAGUUUACGGUUCUAUUCUACAAAGUCCAUAUCCUAGUCCGAAUAUCGUCACUUUGGAUGCACUUCAAACGCCAUUACAGGUUUCGACGUAUCCACAAACUCAGCCGUUAAGGUUCGGUGACGAAAUUUCUAUGCAAUAUGAUUAUUCUUUCGAUCAACAAGUAUACUCUGACGGCCAGUAUGAACAACCUCCAACGCCUACCUCGAAUUCUUCACGCCCUUCCUCGCCAAGUCUAAUCAAUCAAAAACCACCAGUCUAUACAAAAUGGACCGAGGAUGAAGAUCAGUUACUACGAGCUGCAAUCAGCAUUUACGGACCUCAUAAAUGGUCUUUAAUAGCCGCGCAUGUACCGAAUCGUACACCAAUGCAAUGCUCGACCAGAUGGUUGGGAGCAUUAAAUCCCACAAUACAUAAGGGCCGUUGGACCCCGGAAGAGGAUGCAGCAUUAAAAGAUGCUGUUUCAGAAUACGUUGAUUUAACUGAUUCGGAUGGGAAUCCACAGCCAAUUCCCUGGAAUAAAAUUGCCGCUCGUAUUCCUCAUCGAACGGGAAUCCAAUGUCAAGCACGAUGGUCCGAAGCACUGGAUCCGCGUGUUCGAAAAGGGAAAUGGUCGCCUGAGGAGGAUGAAAUAUUGAAAGAAGGAGUACGAAGAUUCGGAAGAUGUUGGAUUCGAAUCGCAGAAAUGAUUGAUGGACGAACUCAGAGACAAUGCCGAACUCGAUGGGUACAAAUAAAAAAUAAGCAAGCGAAACUUGAACGCGACGCAAGCGCUGCGGCAACAACCGCAAAUGGAACAAGUGAUGACUGUGGUAGUUCAGUGACAAUGAUAAGUCCACCAAAUUCUACACCAACUACACCUACAAUGGGCAUAUCUGCCGGCUCCCUAGUUCAAUCUGGAGAUGGUGAACUACGUCAACAACAAAUUCCUCCACCAUUAGACAUUCCGACUUAUUCUUCAUCCAGUCCAACAUCUAAUUCCACCUCAUCAUCAAAUAAUAGUCCAACAACGAUAAAUGCACCACAAUUAUCUGCUAUUGGUGGAAACAUCGGCGUUGCAACACUGAAAAUGGAUCCACAGCAAAACAACGCCGCCAAUCUAAUGAUCUAUAAUUCACCAAACAAUCUAAUACAAAAUCAAUAUUACAUGAUUUAG